UUUAAUAAGAAAAUAAAUCCUCACUGUUAUAGUUUGUCUCACGCUUGUUUAACGAAGAAUUAAUGUCGUUUUAUUUUCGAUCGAUUAGAUAUCGCGAACAUUCGCAAACAAACAUUAGAAUAUUAUUUUAAUAAAUAUCGGCAAAUAACAUUCGGAUUCCGGGUCAAUCGAUAAAAUCUCGUCUUGUCGACCUUAUGCAGUAUUUUAUUAUGCCGAGCUCAAGAAUCGAUUUUUAGUUUGUGGGAUAUGAUUAACCUUAUUACAAAAGGAUUUGCAAUGGCUAAUGUGACAUGCGAAUACGACAACAGCAUCGGCAGCAACAGUGGAAAUCUAUCCCUGUCCGGGAAUGUCCAGCAACAACUGGACAGUGUAACUGCAUGCCGACGUGUUCGGCGAUCGGAAGCUACCUUGCGUCAGGCGGCCGAAUGUGUCUCACGCGGAGAAACUUUUCAAACUGUUAGCGAUAUGUUCAACAUUCCGAUCUCCACUAUUAGAUUCUACAUGGCUCGGAAAGGGAUCCUACCUCGCCGGAAACGUGGCCGAACGGCUAUUGUACCGUAUGUUAUAGCCGGUGGCAGUCAGAUAUCGAAUUCGAUAAGUUUCUCCAACAACAGUACUUCACAGAGCACGACGUGUCAGCAGCCGUUACUGGUACAGAAUCGUAGUCGUUCGGAAAGUCCUACGGAACCGCCUUAUCAUUUCGCCAACUAUAAGCUACCCGAGCUGAAACCAAAACUUGUUUAAAACUAAACUAGACCGCGUAAUACAGUAUUAUAGCUUUUGAAUUCACUGCUUGCACCUAUGAAUACUCUAGAAGGAAUGAUACCGGUGCAUCGGUUUCGAAAACUAUUGAUGAAACAAAUCACUCAGGUGGCGUUUCAAAGAACACGUACAACGGAUGGAACAGUAAUUCAAAAAAGUAGUUUUCUGGUAUACAUAGAUAUUCUUUUUGUGGUUUCGGGUGUUAAAAUUGAAUCGAUACAGUAAGUAGUUAAAGUAGUUUUAUUUUUGAGAAUACUGAAAUGGGAAUUAUUUAUCACAAAAACAAAUAUUUACGAUCAUACCAUUUAUGUACAGACCUUCACAAAUUAUAGACAUCUGGCUUAGAAUAAAUUUCACUCAAAAAGUUUGGAAUGAUUCGAAUCAACAUCUGGAAAAUGAUCAACAUAUAACAAAUUUCAAUAAAGGUGGUAAUUUGCUAUUUCCAUCAAUACAAACCCAUCUUCAGGCGUGUUCCGCGAGACUUGGAUAGUGUACCUGAACAUUACGGCUAGUAGACUCUACCUUUCAGCAGUAUUUUCUUUUGAGACAUGAAAAAAACUUAGUUAAGGCUGAUGAACGCAGCAGAUGCGGUAGAAUUAAAUAAAGAUUGUAUAAUCCGAUCAUGUGCGCAAAUAUGUUUUUUACUGCUAAGCCAAAAUUUAAGUUAGAAUAUUCAAAGAUUUUGUCAAUAUUGCAUAAAAACAGGCGAGGGUGAGUAAAGCUUGCCAUUCAAAUUAUGUUGUUAGCAGGUUACAUCAAUGAUAUGUGCAAUAAUAACUUUCAACAUAUGUAUUGAUUUAAUUAUCUUAUAUAUUUUUAUAUUUACUUAAAUUUUCUGCACAAUUCUCGAAAAGGAUGUAAAAUACUAAGUUUUAAAAUAAAAUACAUACUUAAACAUAGACAGUAAGAAUACUUGUAG